CAGUUGUACAAACAUUACAACAAUUCGAUUGAUACAGUAGUUUCAAAAUCUGGCAAAAUUCUGCAAUCAGUCCACGAUGAGAGCGCCCAUAGUGUGGCUGUUGGCUGCCCUAGCCGUGAUCGAGUUUACAUCAGCCGAUCGCCUAGAACCAGAUCCGGAACUGUUGGGAAAAAUUUACGAUCUUCAAAAAUUGGUUGGCCAAGUGUUGCUGGAUUUCAACAAUUUUAAUCAAACUUUCGCGGAAGCCUUGGCGCAAGGACACUUCCAGAAUGCUCAAGCCAGUACGAAAGUGAUAUACCGAUCCAUUCAAAUCCUUCGAGACAUAACCAGUUCUACUGACGAAUUGUUACAACUGCCUCAAAUUGCGAAAUACCGAACGAUGACCGCCGCAGCCAGGAUCAUUAACAACACGUGCUCCAGCAUGGGGGAGGAAUUGGAAUCGGUGCUGCCGGUUGUCGAAGGAGGAGUUGUUACCCGGGACGAUGUUAGGGAGAAAGUGCUUUCCAUUAGUCAACAGAUUUCAACUGGUCACAGUUUACUGAAACGUUACUUGGACAUGUUGAUUGUACACGCUUAGAAGUUUUCUGGGCAUUGGGUUGUUUGUGUCGAAUAAAUUCUUUAUAUUAGCGGAAACAUCUGUGCAAACCUUA